GCAAGAGCUAUUUAAGGGAGGCAGGCGGCCGCGCCUGGAAAAUAUAUAUAUAUAUAAAUAUAAAGAGCGCCAAGCCAGCAAGCGCGCUGCGUGAAAGCCUCUCUCCUCGCUGCGCAAACAUUCCCGGCAAGGCUCGCCAUGGCUGAGGCUUUCGCAGGCGUCUGGAACCUGGUCGACAGCUGCAAUUUCGACGAUUACAUGAAAGCUAUCGGUAAGAGCAGGGAUACUAUUUUUCCUCCCGUUUUUUGGGGUGGGGUGGGGGAGAGAUUGCCUAGGAGGAGAGCGCACAACCUUGCAGGCUGCUGGCACUGCAACCCCGAGAAGGCCAGCGGGGUUUUUCCUUCCACCAUCAAUCACUCGCCCGCCCGGGAGACUGAAAUGUUAUCGGUGCAUCUUGGAAUGCGCUCGGCUUGGGCAGCUUGCUCGGUGCGGUGCCAUUUGGUAACGCCGGGCGCCGGCGAGCUGGGGCGUUUUCUCCUCCGCGGCCAUCUGGAAAUCGCUUGGAGAAGUUGAGCCGCCAGCCACGUGGGCGGAGGGCCGGCAUUUCAUUCAAACCUUCCCGUUUUGUAGUACUGAAGGAGCUCCGCGGCGGAUUAGGCUGCCGGGAGAAUCCUUCCCUCUUAAUCCCUUCUGGGUGUAAAUGCGUUUAAUUCGGAUCCUUGCCGUGGCUGCAGGUGGUGCGUAGGGUAGCUCGGGUAUAUUGCAUUCUGCUGCCCCCAGCCCCACCCCCGGAGGUGCAGAAAACGGAAUCUCCGCGUCACAGCAUAAUCCCAGGUCUACCGGGGAGGAGACCUAUUGAAUUCAAUGGGGCUUACGCCCAGGUAACGGUAGCUAGCGGUGGUUAGGGAUUGCAGCCAUCCAUUUGUUAUAGCAAAACGCAGCAAAGAGCCUUGGGGCGCCUUAAUAGCGAACGCGCGUACUAGAUGGCGUGGGCUUUCCUGGAUUUGCAGGAGAGAGGAAAACGCCACGUGUGGAAAGGGUUGCGGACGCGCGUCUGCCGCUGCAGCGAGCCAAGAAAACGGAUCUAGCUGCCCAAUCGUGAAUCUCGAGUAUGAUGUAUUAUCUCUCGUGCAUGGUGCUUAGCCUAGAACGAAGCUUAAUGGCGCUUGCUUCCGAGUAGGUGCACAAAAGGUCUUGCGGUUAAGAGGCGCCCGGAGGCACCGGGCGAGGUCAGAGCGGUGAACCAAGUUUGGGGAAGAGGGCGGGGAAAGCCAGCCCGGGGCAGCUGCGCUUUGGACGCAUCUUCCAUUUGCGCUAGGCCACGCCGCCUCCGCCCAGGGCGCUCCUCUCUCCGUCUGUGGGGCGAUUGGUUUACGCUGGUUGGAAUGGGGCCAGACCCCGCCCGCUUGGCUCCUGCAGCGCCUUGGAAGAUCUGCCCGCCCGAGAUUUAUUCCUCCUCUUACUCUUAGGCCACAAGAUGGAAAGGGUGGGAUUUAAACCUAUCUUAGCCUGUCCUAUGCAAAGCAAAUGACUCAGUGACUUACUCGGGAGUAAGUCCCAUCAUAAGUAAGGCUUGCUCCGAAGUAAAUGCAGGUAGAAUCACUGCAUAACUGAUGGAGAGUUGAGCUGACUUAUUUUCUUUUGUUUCAUGUUCAUUACGGUUUGAUCAUUACAUUUAUAUGGCAACUUUCCUCCCAGGAGCUCAAGCUGUCCUAAACGGUUCCUUUUCCUUCCCAUUUUAUCCUCACAACAACCCUGUGAAGUAGGCUGUGCUGUGAGUGACUGGCCCCAGGUCACCCAGUGAAUUUAUGGCCCAGUGGGGAUUCGAACCCUGAUCUCCCAGGUCUUAGCCCGAUAUUCUAGCCACUACACCACACUGGCUCUCUUAAUACGUUCUGCCUUUUAUUCUCUCACUUUUAUAUGUGAGCCCUGAGCAGCCCUAUACAUCCCCUCAUUGUAAUCCAGGGCCCUACUCUUUAUGGGAAGGGCAUGCCUCAUUUGUGCUAGCUGUUACCAUUGUCAUUAGUUAGGGGUCAGAGUAGUUAGACUCUCCCGGGCUCUGUAAUGCAUAUGUACCUAAGUGCAUGAGCAUUUGCACCAUGCAGUGCUCAGCCUGCCAUUUUGCACAAAGCAUGAGGUAUACUUGGAGCUGCUUAUCACGACUGAAGGCCUGUUCCUCCUCCCCCUUACGAUUUCUCCCUCUGUCUGCAAACUUGGGUAGUGAGUGCUGCUGGACUGGUACCAAAAAAACCCCAAAAACAAAACCCACUUAAGACACAAGCAGGAGGUAUCGGCAUAUGUGGAGAGAAUCCUGAAGGGGAACCCCUCCCCCCCAAAAAAGGCUCCAUGAGUACUGAGCAUGCUCAGUAGCCAUGGAAUGUAGGGAAAAAAUCGAAGAGUGAAACAAUUCAAAGAGUUUGGGCGUAUUGUAUAUAAUGAAUGAAAAAAGAUAUUCAAAUUCCCAUUCACAAAAAAACCAGAGGCCUUUUUAUUAGGGAUUGUGUUAACUGAAAUCAAGAAAGAAGUAAGACCAUUUUUUAUGUACGCAACAUCUGCUGCCAGGAUUCUGGUCGCAAUGAAUUGGAAGAGUGAAAUUAAACCUACAACGUCAGAAUGGCAGGUAAAAAUGACAGAAUACAUCCAAUUGGCAAUAAUGAUGGGGAGAGUUAAAGGCUACUCAAUGCAGAAGGUGAAUAAAGAAUGGAUAGUUUUUAAAGAAUAUUUGAAUAUCUAUUAUAAUAGCAAAAACCUCCUGGCAGACCUUAAAUGAUUCUUGUAAUGUAUAGACAACAAACUAAAUAAUAUUUCUCUGAAGGAAAUUAAGGAAACAAAGUAUAAUAAUAUGAUACUGUGUAAAAAAUAAUAUGAGACUUAGUUUUUUGAGAACAAUCAGAAGUUUGUGUGUGUGCAUAAAUUGCAACAUGGCAAAUUGUUGUGUAAAUAUGUGUUGAAUGUUUAAUAAAGAUUUUUUUUUUAAAAAAAAAGAAAUGUAGGAUGACAGCUCAAAAAGAGAGAAGGGAAAAUGGGAGGAGAGUGGAAUUAUCUGCUUAGAGAGAAUAUUGGGUAGCUGGAACCUUGGGACAAGAGCACUUCUAUUAGGAGGGGGAUUAUGCUGCAACACUUUGUUGCAGGACCCACUUCUAUUACUCCUUUAAACUCCAAAAACAAACAUAUUUCAGACUGAUGGGAUAUGAGGCUAUGGCAGGGUAAAGAAUACAGCAGGGGAAAUAGACUCUUCAACAGAGCUAUGGCAUGAAGAGGCUCAGGUGGUGUUCUGUGGUUUGAUGACUGGGGUGUUUUUUCAGAUGGAAAAUGUUGGAGGCUGUGAUGCUCUGUGGGAUCUUCUUGUGUGCUUGUUGGAACUGGGAAAAGUUGCUGGGAGAUUGUCUAAGAGUGGCAAAUCAGUACAGAACAGGCGGGGCCUAAUUUCGGGUGGCAUGAGAAAUAUGCUGAUUAAAAAUUUAAAGUAUCAAAAAUGUGAAAGAAAUUGCAGAUGAGGACAAAGUAUCUUUUGGCCCUGUACACUCUUUGGCCAGGAAAUUGGAAGAUGAGAUCAAGUUCAUAUGACGCCAUACGUUUAAAAUACUAUGCUACCACUUUAAACAGUUGUGGCUUCCCUCAAAGAAUUCUGGAAGCUGUAGUUUAAAGGUGCUGAGAGUUGUUAGGCAACUAUUAUUCCCCUCACAGAGCCAUAUUUUUCAGAGUUGUCUGGGAAGAGGGAUUGAUUGUUAAACCACUUGGAGAAUUGUAGCUCUGGGAGGAGAAUGGAGCAACUCUCAGAACCCUUAACAAAAACCCCAGGAUUCCCUGAGGGAGCCAUGAGUGUUACAAGUCCUAUAACAGUGUUUUAAAUGUAUGGUGUGAAUGUGGCCAAGUUUCUACCUUAAUGAGAAAUUGGGCAGAAUCCUGCCUGCAUGCUUUCUGUUGUAUCUCUCAAUAAGUAAAGGAGUUAGAGACUUGCUUAUUUUCUGUGUGUGAGGGGGGGGGGUUGGAAUAUUCCAGGGAAGGUCAGUUCCUAUGGUGCUUAUCUUCCUUCUUGGAAUACUAGCAUACCUUAUUGCACUCUGGGCAAGAUUAUUUUCCUCCUCCAAGGACACUCGAAGGCCCCAGUAGACAUUGUGACAUGUUUGGAGGAACUAAGGGCAUUUAUUUAACUGGCAAUAGAAAUCCAGGAUCUCAGCAAAUGCUUUCAACAUUGUCUGCUAACUGGAAUCCUUUUUAACUGGAGCCUCCAGCAGCUGGGGUUUUCUACAAGAAAAGCAGCAUGUUCUACAUCCCUGAGCUUCUGACCCUUCUGUUAAUAAUAGGAACCUACAACAUAAUCUUGUAACGGGUCACACCAUUGAUCUAUCUUGCUCAGUAUUCUCUAUAUUUAGGGGUGGUGAAACCCAGGACCAGGGGCCAAAUCCUUCUGUACAAAGAUAAAAUCUGUAUUUGUUGCUUUGCCGGCUUUUGCCUCUGGCCCCACCCGCCAUGUUGUGCUGUUCUUGGACGACUGCCCAGAAGAGGAUGUUGAAUUGUAAAAUUGGAAGGGACCGCAAGGGUUCAUCUAGUCCAGCCCCCUGAAAUGCAGGAAUCUUUUGCCCUACAUGGGUCUUGAACCCACAACUCUGAGAUUAAGAGUCUCAUGCUCUGCAGACUGAGCUUGAGCUGGAAAGUUUCCCAGCCCUUGCUCUGCAUUGACUAGAUAUCAGACAAGUUGGGCAUGCUUGGCUGUACCUGAGGAUGAUGGGGACUUCAAACCUGGUACCUUUUGCAUGCAAAUCAGAUGCUCCAUCACUGAGCUUACGGUCCUUUUCCCAAUCACAGAGGAUGUGGAAGAGAUCUCAGUUUUAAAAGCAGAACUGACCUGGGGAACAGAAAAACUCACCCGCUCUGAAAUUUUCUGACAGUUCUCACCUUUGGGAGAUACGGAGGUGAGGUCCACCACCCACCCCAUCUUCAAAGUAACCCUCUUAAAAUUGUAUCUAUUAGGCCACCUUUUCUUCAAGGGGCUCCCCAUUUUAGCCUCCCAGCAUCCCCGUGAGGUGUGCAAGUCUUGGUGAAUGCCACUGGUCCAAGGUCAUGCAGUGAGCCUUAAGGCAGAAUAGGAUUUGAACCUGGGUCUGCUCCAGACCUAGUCUGACACACUAUACACUACGCAACACACUAGUUACGGAUCUUGGGGGGGGGGGGGAAUGUAAGGCUUGCUGGUCAUAGGGUGCAAUGCGUAUGGAAGACUGGGCUCUCUGGUGGGAGCACAAUGAAGCUGUUCCUUUCCAUUGCAGUUGCCAGCAAGGGUACGAAUCCAAUCAGAUUAGCAGCUAAAUGAGGAGAGGUCCACCCCCAAAGGAAUGCAAAUGGUAAGAGUCUUGCCACACUGCUAAAUCCUGCCUGGAGAGCUCUCAAUAGCAGCUUAUCAUAUACAAACAUGUGGGUCUCUUAGGAGUCCUCUCCACUACAUGGCUGAAUGCCAGAAAGAACACUCCCUACAAGGACUGGUGAUGGGGGCCUGAUUUCUCUAUCUCAGUAAGUCAAGAAGGACUCGCUUGCUCCACCUUCAGUGCAACUGAUUUAAUUUUGAUGAAUAAGCCUUUGUUCUUUUUGGUGGUGUGGCUGGGUGUUGGGUUAUUGUGUUCUGUUGUGUGUGCGUGUUUAACCAAGCGGUUUUGCAAGCAGCUCUCUCGAGAAGGUAUGGGGGAAGCUUGGGCCCUCCAGAUGUCACUGAACUACAACGUCAACCCUAGUGACCAUAGCUAAUGGCCAGCGAUGAUGGGAGUUGUGGUUCAGCAACAUCCAGAAGGCCUCAAAGAUUCCCACACCUCCACCUUCUUUUUAAGCCUUCAUUAGCUUUCUUCUGUUUUAACAAAUCUGCUUUUCAUACCAGUAUCCCAUCAAUGCUGUGAUCAUUAUGGCACACUGACUUCCAAGCUUCUAGGCUGCUAAUUCCCCCACCCCUUUUAACCUCUCCUUUUCCUGCAGGCGUGGGCUUUGCCACGAGGCAGAUGGCAAACCUGACCAAACCCACCACCAUUAUUGAGGUUGACGGCAACAAGAUCACCCUCAAGACCCAGAGCACUUUCAAGAGCACGGAGAUCAAAUUCACAAUAGGAGAAGAAUUUGAUGAGACGACCGCAGAUGACAGACAUGUCAAGGUAGAGUUCUGGCUGUCAAGAUUGUGACUGCAACCCUUGCUAGGUCCCAUCAGGAGCUACAAAAGGGUUAGACAAGAAUAUAGAAGAUGUUUUAUAGCUGAUCAGACUGAUUUGUCUAUUUAGCCCAUGACUGUCUAGUUUGACUGGCCAUGUUGUCAGCUGCUAGCAGUCCAAGCUGGUCUAUUUAGGGCAAAUGGGGCACUACUACACCAUCCUGGGUCUGGCGUCAGCCAGCCCUCACCUGCUUGCCUUCUUACUUGCAUCCAGUUCAAAAGGGUAGCACUGUUUGCUUGCUUCCUGAUCCUUAGUCCCACAGUUGCCCUUGUAAAACUCAGCAGGAAGGGUUGUGCUGAUGAGUACUUUUACUAUGUAAAUAACUUUGUCUCUUUUUUUAAUUUGAUUUCUUUGUUUCUUAUCUUUGUUCUUUAUUUCUUUUUUCUUUAUAAAUUUUCAUAUAUAUAUAUAUAUAUAUAUAUAUAUAUAUAUAUAUAUAUAUAUAUAUAUAUAUAUAUACCUGUUAAGAGAUUGUACAUAAUGUUUGUAUAGACCUGCAAAUCUUUUAAUCAAUAAAGAAUUGAUAGUUAAAAAAAAUAAAAAAAUAAAAAAACUCAGCAGGGGAUGGGGCAAAACCAGAAUUAAUUGAUUCUGCUUGUCAUUGACUCUGCCUUCCACCCUACCAUUCCAAAUGGACACCAGCCACCACUGCCUGCUGCCUGAUCCUUGUCACUCGAGAUGCCAGGAUGGAACCAAAUCAGUGGAGAUGAAGUCUCACGCUGGCCACGAUGCCCAUGUCCUGCCUCCACUGGGUUGGGAAUCACAAGUGGGGAGAAUGUCUGUUGUGCUGCUGUCCUGCUUGCAGGCUUCCCAUGAGCACCUGGUUGCCCACUCUGAGAACAGGAUGCUGGGCAAGCUGGACCUUUGGCCUGAUCCCGUAGGGCUUUCCUUCUGUUCUUAACUUGGGGAGAAAUGCCAAGGUGCUUCUGAAACAUAGUGAUGAGGAGGGCCUGGGAGAGAGAAUGCAUAUGGUCAGGAAAUGGGAACAUUUGGCCCUUUGCUUGUUGCUGAACUACAGUUUCUGUCAGCCCAGCAUGACCAAAAGCCAGGAAUAAUAGAAGUUGUAGUUCAGCAACCUCUGGAGGACCAAAGGUUCCCUACGCUUGGAGUAGGUGGCAGCGUGCUCAAUUCUACAGGACAGCCUCUCCUGGUAUGCCCCAUGGAGGACCUUAAGGUCCACAAAUGACAACAUUUUGGAGGUCCCAGGUCACAAGGUGGUUAGAUUGGUCUCAACUAGGGCCAGGGCCUUUUCAGUACUGGCCCCGACUUGGUGGAACACUCUGUCACAAGCAACUAGGGCCCUGCGGGACUUGACAUCUUUCUGCAGGGCCUGCAAGACAGAGCUGUUCCGCCUGGCCUUUGGUUUGCACUCAGUCUGACCCUUAUGUCUCCCUCCCCUUAUGGUUUUGAUCUAUGGGCUACUUUUUAAAUGAGGCUGUAUUUUAAACUGCAUUUUAACCUGUAUUUUAAAUUGGUCCCCCCCAUUAUGCUUUUACUGUUGUUAGCUGACCUGGCUGGGGAGUGCGGGGUAUAAAUACAAUUUAUUAUUAUUAUUAAUUGUCAUUAAUCAGGCUGGUCUGUUUCACUAUGAAGACUCUGCUUUAUGGUCCAUACGGAAAGGGCUUUGUUUGGGAGUAGCCCGGGGUACCUGACCCCUUGGUCAUUUGUGCUGCCACGCCCCAAACUCUCCUCCUCCUUCUCCCCCUUAUUUUCACCCUUUGCUUGCAGAGCUGCUGGGCUUGCUGCAAAGCUGGCAAGAUCCCACUCACCCAGUCUCUUUACUUGCCUAGAAGUCGUCUCUACAUUCAUUCAAAAUUGUGCCAUGGGCUUGUGACCAGAGUCCUUUAGGUACCUAGUCACACCCCUGUCAUUGCAUCUGACCAGACCCGAGCUUACCUGUUUUUCUAUAAGUGCUGGGUUUUUCUUUAAGUGUUAGCAGUGCUUUUUAAGGGGAUACUCAAGAGUACACAGUACCGGCACCUCUUUUUGUUGUUGUAAAAAGUGUGGCACUUACUGAAACAACUUCAGUAAAAAAAGUACUGAGUGUUAGGUUAUUCCGGUCUCGGAGCAGAGUUAGAUUUGAUAUCAAUUUGGAACAAGUGGAACCUGUAACAAAAGCAGGGCAGGUGCAUGCUUACUCUAGAGCAGGCCAUGCUGAACUCAGCGUCUUAUUUUUUAGUAAACCAGCAGAGGUUUGCACUGAUUAACAACCUUAAGUUUGUAUACUGGAUUCCUAUUCAUCAAAGUGGUUUUCUCUUACUUGUUAUCAGAUCCUGAACAAACCAAUUCCGUUGCUGUGACGUUGAUAUUUAUUGUCUGUCAAAAGAAGCUGUGCUACUGGUUUCUACCCUCAAAUGACACAGCCUGCAGCUCUGAAGCCUUGCCGGGGGUGGGUGGGGUUUAAAAUAAAAAAGUAGGUUAGAGCGUAUUAAAACAAUUCUUCUUUUCAAUAAUCACAUAGCCAUGACUCACUGCAGGAUCUCUGUUACUGGUGAGAGCAGCUUGUGAUGAUGCUACGACAUAUUUUAAAAACUAGGGUUGUGAGCUGAAACUGAUUUUAAUUGAGGGGUUGAGUUUGAAAGGCCCACGAGCUUGUUUUUUUAAUCCAUUUUUGCCCUGGUAUGUUAAUGUGAUGGGGAAAGAGGGUUUUUUGUUCCAAGUGGUGAAAGUAAAUUCUUCCAGUGCUUUUCCUUAUUCUCAAAAAGGUGCUUGUAUUGAGGACUUGCUGGUGUGCAGUUUCAGUUACCCUUGCUUAAAGCCAAAGCCAAAUGACUUAAUUGACUAAAAAUAUUGUUUUAAGUGGUGUACAGACAGUUGUCAAGCAAAACAUAAGGGGGGGGGGCAAUGGAAAUAUCUCAUUUGCAUUCCAUAGAAAGCGAGCAUGUGUGAAUUACUGGCAAGCUGCAUGUUUGACCUUCGAAGCAAAUGAUUUUGGCUGGCAGGCAGCCAGAGGACAAGAUGUUAAAACAACAUGUAUGGCCUGCGAGAGGUUCUGCUUUAGAGCUUCACAGGAGUUGCAGGGCACUCUACACAGAUGACCUGAGCCUGAAGGUUAACAAUAGGAUAGGCUUACAGCAGCUGGAAGCCUCACUGGCUCCCACGUGGGGCAUAUGUAAGGGUGGGGGAUAUGACUCGGUUCACAUUUAAAGGGGAACUUGCCUAACCUAAACCUUCUGUAACAAUAUGAGAACUGAAAGGCCCAGUCAUUCUUCAAAAUCCACACUUAUCUGAAAGAGCAUCUUCACCCCCAUCAUUCUGCCCAGGCAUUAAGGUCCAGCGCCGAGGGCCUUUUGGCAGUUCCCUCGCUGCGAGAAGCCAAGUUACAGGGAACCAGGCAGAGGGCCUUCUUGGUGGUGGCACCCGCCCUGUGGAACGCCCUCCCACCAGAUGUCAAAGAGAAAAACAACUACCAGACUUUUAGAAGACAUCUGAAGGCAGCCCUGUUUAGGAAAGCUUUUAAUGUUUAACAGAGUUUUGUAUUUUAAUAUUUUGUUGGAAGCUGCCCAGAGUGGCUGGUGAAACCCAGCCAGAUGGGCAGGGUAUACUUAUUAUUAUUAUUAUUAUUAUUAUUAUUAUUAUUAAUUACCGUAUUUUUCGCACCAUAGGACGCACUUUUUCCCUCCUAAAAAGCAAGGGAAAAUGUGUGUGCGUCCUAUGGAGCGAAUGCAGGGGGGAGGCAGGUGGGAAAAGAGCCGCAUACAAGCUCCGUGUGCUCUUGCGGGCUUUUCCACAGGAGGGAGAAGGGACUGACUGGCCGCACUGACUGGAGAAGCCGCGAUCUCUUUAAAGGGUUUGCGUGGCUUCUCCUGGCUUUUCUGGGAGGUGAAGGAAUCCCCCCCACCUCCCAGGAAAGCCAGAAGAAGCCGUGCAGCCCUUUUAAAGUGUGCGCGGCUUCUGCCGGUUUUGCAGGAGGUGGGGGAAUCCCCCCACCUUCCAGUAAAGCCAGGAAAGCCCUGCGCAGCGUCUCCCGGCAAGGAGACAAGGGGAGCGUCUUCCCAGCAAGGGGAAGCCAAAACAGCGAGCGGGAUCCAUCCCGCCCCCUGCCUUGGCUUGCUCCAUAGCUGUGCGCAACCCCUCCGGCAAGGAGAGGCUGCAUGGGGCUAAAGGGGAAGCCAAAACAGCAAGCGGGAUGGAUCCUGCUCGCUGCCUUGGCUUGUGCCAUAGCCGCGCGCAAUCCCUCCGGCAGGGAGAGGUUGUGCGCAGCCUGUACACUGCUCUUUGGGGCUGGGGGGGGGGAGUUUUUUUCUUGAUUUCCCCCCCUAAAAACUGGGUGCGCCCUAUGGUCCGGUGCGCCCUAUGGUGCGAAAAAUACGGUAUUUUGCAUUGUGGUUCUUCGGCCAAGUAACCGGUACAAAGAUGUGGAGCAUUGUUAGGAGACCCCUGUUCUUCCUCAGAGCUACACUUCCCAAGGUUUCCUGGGGGAAAUGAUUAAACCACUCUAGAAAUUGCAGCUCUGGGACAGGAAUAGGGGCUUCCUAACAAUUCUCAGCAUCCUUAACAAAGCCCCCAGGAUUUUUUGGAGGAAGCCGUGGCUGUUUAAAGUGGGAUGACACUGCCUUAAAUCCAUAGUGCAGAUGGGGCCUUGCUUACAACCCACCCAAGGGAUGAAACUGUCUGUCCGCCUUCCUCCUCUGUAGUCUCUCUGUGUUGCGCUUGUGGAACUCAGAAUUCUUUUCUGUUACGAACCACAAUUCUGCGGCUCUCUAACGAGCUUGAUUUGAUUUCUUUCUUUCAGUCGCUUGUGACACUAGAUGGAGGGAAGCUCCUUCAUGUGCAGAAAUGGGAUGGAAAGGAGACCUCGCUAGUCCGAGAACUGAAGGACGGAAAGUUGAUUUUGGUAAGACAAAGUACGCUGCUCUUUGCCUGUGGCCUACAUGGGCAAGUUAAAAAUUUGAAGAGAAAACUGCAAGGGAAGGAAAUCACUCCUGGAAACUAUUUAACCUGCCUCCAACCCCACCCCACGUCACAUGAAAAUGUGCCUGGAAAAAAACAAGCAAGUAACUCUUUACUUUGGCUGCCUCUGCAAUUUAAUGGUUGGUUGGCUAUAUCAAUUAGAAACAUUUUGAUCAACUGCAAGAGGUGCCCACUUAAUCAGCCUGCAGGGUUGUUGUUCUUUCUUUUUCAAAUUUGUGCUUUAGACAAGUACAUACAGUCCUUGUCGGUGGAGGAACUGCCCCACCCUGGGAACCCUCGUGCCAAGUUUGGCAAUUAAGAGCCAAAACAGUGCAAAAAAAUGUCAAACUAAAGUCCCAUCCUGGUCCGCCAUCUUGAUUCAAGAUGGUGUCACCAAGAUGGUGACAAAGUUUGGAAGAAGAAGAGUUUGGAUUUGAUAUCCCGCCUUUCACUCCCUUUAAGGAGUCUCAAAGCGGCUAACAUUCUCCUUUCCCUUCCUCCCCCACAACAAACACUCUGUGAGGUGAGCGGGGCUGAGAGACUUCAAAGAAGUGUGACUGGCCCAAGGUCACUCAGCAGCUGCAUGUGGAGGAGCAGAGACGCGAACCCGGUUCCCCAGAUUACGAGACUACCGCUCUUCUGCACCCAGCUUGGAAGCCAUGUUUGGCAACAAUAUUUCAAGAGGCAGCCAAACCUAUGGAGAAUAGACAGUCAAACCUCUUUCCAAAAUAGACAUUAGAUAUUAGCCCACCCUUAUGGUUUUGUAAGUAAUGCCCCAAGACUAAGUCAUUAUACAGUCUAUAACAGGCCUCCUGGGAGGGGGGGUCACAGUGUUUCUGGGCUAAGACUUGCUUACCUUUUCUUCUCUUUCAGACUCUGACGAUGGGCACCGUGGUCUGCACCCGUACCUAUCAAAAAGCAGAAUAAGAGCCUGUACCUGUUCUCUUGCCAAGUCAUCCAAUGCCAAACUUGUUGCCAAAUUGCCUUUGUGAUUCCCUUCCUCCCCACAAGUGUUUUUUGUAUAGUUGUUGAACCUUUUUGAAUCUGUUCAGUAUGCAACUUGAACUCUCUCACCCUGAUCUUUUCUUUUCGUUUUCUUUUCUUUCAUUGCUUUUUAAAAAAAAAAUACUGAAGAAGUGGGCGAGGCAGAAACAAGCUAUGUGGACGUAAUAAACUGAAAUAGUUGUGUAA